CAUAAAAUCCAGUCUUCUUUGAUUUCAAUUUCAGUUUCCUAUCAGAUCUUUCGAGCAACCCAACAAAAACCUUGAUAAAUUUCUAAAUUUGUAACAAUUCAAAAAUUAAUACCAAAUUUCUAGAUACCAGACCAUGGACAGCACUCCGCCUUUCAAUCAACCAUUCUUUAACACUUGUGAGAUGUAUCCACGUCGCAGGACAACGGAGUUCUAUAGGUCUCCGGCGCCAAGAGCAUCGUUUCAAAGUAGAAGGGCGGAACAUCCGAGGGAUAUGCUGAACGUAACCCCCAAUCAAAACAGGGAGGUGGCUCGCCGCUUGCCAAGAAUUCAGCCCCCCAAUAAUUCAGAUAGCAAUGUUCUUAGGAAUGGUUAUUUUUCGUAAUAUAUUUAUCGUUAAAAGCUUUGAAGAUAUAAAACAUUAUAAAGGGAAAAACA